UGUUCUGUCCUAUCGGAGGUCAAGUUUUUUGCCCCAGAGAAGGCCUUGGAGGCUCAGAGCUGGGGAAAAUGUGGAUCCAUGGGGCACAGGGGAGCGCACAGGGUACCUAGAGGGCAGCAGUGUCCCGGAGCUGCUUGGGGCUGGAGCAGGUCAAGGCCAGCCUACCCGAAGCUUGCCCCCCUCUCCUCACUUCCUGGGUGGGGAUGGAUGGCCAGAGGGUGGCUCCUGGCACCCAGAGUUCAGGAAUCUCAGGUAUGUGGUUCAGAUAGAGGAGGGGGGCUUCCCUCCCGGGGGCAGGGAAUUAGGUGGUACCACAGUCUAGUCAUCCGCUCUGGGGUGGGGGUGGCUGGAGGUCGUGUGAAGGUCGAUCCUAAAUGGCCCCUCUCCCGGAGGCCCCCACCCCCCACAAGAGCCCACCUAGCCCCUCCCCGUGAUGGGCUGGACGCGCUUGGGAGGGGGAAAGGGUGAAUUCAUAUUUUCAGGUCUUUCCUGCUGUCCGGGCAGCCUGAGUAACAGCCACAGUAGGCCAGAGGUGUUGGAGGUGGGGUGUAACAGGGCCAGCCCCCAAGGCUGCCUCUGCCCCGGGCAAGUGCUGUGGCAGUCAUGGGGCUCACCCGGAGGCAGCCUCACCCUGGGCCUCUGCUCCUCCUGGUGCUGGUGUGGCUCUCCUCAAGCCUGAGUCUGGACCUGAUUCCCUACAAGCCGCAGAUAACAGCCUGGGACCUGGAAGGGAAGGUCACCGCCACCACGUUCUGUCUGGAGCAGCCUCGGUGCGUCUUCGAUGGGCAUGCCUCAGCCAACGACACCAUCUGGCUGGUGGUGGCUUUCAGUAAUGUCUCCAGGGGCUUCCAGAACCCGCAGACCCCUGCUGAGAUCCCGACCUCCCCACAGCUGCUGACUGACGGCCACUAUAUGACAUUACCCCUGUCCCUGGAUCAGCUGCCCUGUGAGGAUCCCACGGGUGGCAGUGGAGGUGUCCCGGUGCUUCGGGUGGGCCAUGACUCCGGCUGUUACCAGAAACCCUAUUGCAACGCUCCCCUCCCCAGUCAGGGGCCUUACAGCGUGAAGUUCCUUCUGAUGGAUGCCAGUGGUCCGCCCAAGGCUGAGACGAAGUGGUCCAAUCCCAUUUAUCUCCACCAAGGGAAAUCCCCCAGCUCCAUUGACACGUGGCCCGGGAGGCGGAGCGGCUGUAUGAUCGUCAUUACGUCCAUCCUCUCUGCCCUGGCUGGCCUCUUGCUCCUGGCUUUCCUGGCAGCCUGGACAAUGCGAUUCUCCAGCCUGUGGUGGCCUGAGGAAGCCCCCGAGCAGCUACGGAUUGGCUCCUUCAUGGGAAAACGCUACAUGACACACCACAUCCCCCCCAGCGAGGCUGCCACCCUGCCGGUGGGCUGUGAGCCUAGCUUGGAUCCCCUUCCCAGUCUCAGCCCGUAGCCUGGUCUCUGCAGCUUGGGCCUGGGGUGAAGGACAGAGCAGGGACACAGGGCCUGUAGGGGGGGUCUGCCAUCUUCACAGACCCUCAUAUCUGUCUCUGUCCCUCACAAGGCCUCGGCGCAUUUGGAGAUGGUUAAGGUCAGAGUGAGUUCUGCCUAACUUCCUUUACGUAAGGCUGGAGGAAGUGGUUAGUCCAUCCCGACCUUAACCAGACUUCAGAGAACUCAGGAGGAGAUGGGUGUGGUCUCACAAGGCUGUGAUCCACACACUUAGGGGGCUGAAGCAGAAGGGUCAUGGAAGCAGAAGGGUCAUGUGCUCCAGGCUAGUCUGGGCUGUAGAGCAGAACCUAUCUCAAAACAAACAAAGGGCUGGAGAGAUGGCUCAGAGGUUAAGAGCACUGACUGCUCUUCCAGAGGUCCUGAGUUCAAUUCCCAGCAACCACAUGGUGGCUCACAACCACCCACAAUUAGAUCUGGUGCCCUCUUCUGGCCUGCAAAGACACAUGCAGGCAGAAC